AUGCAGAGGAGGUCUCUGGCACCAUCUAGUGGCGAGUGAAAUGCAAAAAUCCCUUUACUUCAUCAUCAUCUGAGCAGCAACUUGCCAUCCCUUUUCAUGUUAAUGUAAAGUUGCACUACGGACGAUGAAAACAAACCGGCCUUGCUGUGAGCGUGCACACAGGCUGCCACUAAGAUGGAGAUAAUCAGAGAUCACUGCGCUGCACUGUGACCCUAAUCUGCUUAAUGACAUUAUGGCAGCUAAAACCUACUCCAACCGCAGCGUCACUGGCUCAGGUGGACCAAACACACACAAGGACGAUAACAACAACGAGAUCGUUUUUCCCGCGCUGCAAGAAAUGAUUCAACUCCUAAAAUAAAACUAAUUCAAGCAGGAUAUGUUUCCCAAACCUGGGGCUCCCCGGCGAGAAGAAAUGUUGACCAUCCAAGUUAAAAAUACCUUGUUGCAUCUGAAUGGUCAAAACCUCCGACUGGCAGCUAAAAAUGGCCGCCAUCUGUCAGCAGCACAUGGGAAGGAGACAGUGGGUCGGCUUACGGCCUGCUUGCCGACUCAGGGGGGCACGGCACAGUUGGACUCGUCGCUGCUCAAGUCGCCCAGGCCUGACUCAGAGAGGAAGGCCGAGAACCAGCCAGUCAGACGCCCUCUGAAGCUCGCCCCGCUGGAGCUGCCAGAGGAGGUGAGGGAGGCUCAGAGGCAAAAACUCAAGUUUAUCCAGCCGGAAGCCAAACCUGCUUCCCGUAAGCUGGAUGUGACGGCGAACGAGCCGCGUACAAGGAAGGUGAAAUCCAGUGUGAGACAGAGAGCGGUGAAAGCUGCAGUGUGCCCUUCUGCUUGCACUGAGCCACUCAAAGCCCAACAGCACAACACAUCUUCAAGGCCCCAGCUGGCUCCCUCCAUCCCCGUAGAGCAGAGUGGAGACAAGCAUCUGGUGGACGUGGUGUGUCGAGGUACCCCAGCUCCUCUGCGCAGCAAGCCUGCCCCCCCUGUACUUUCUCCCCGAGUUAAAACUCAGGCUGCACGUGGCGCAGAGGUGGCGCGCCAAAACCCCAGCAUCCCCCAGCAAGAGGCGGGAAGGAGGCGGCUGAGGCUGAGGAGAGCACAAUGCCUAGAAGAGGAUCAGUGCAAUUCAAACACGUCAACAGGGGGAUUAUCUGCAGAUAAAGGCAAGCUGGCCCAAGGUGGCCAAGGUAAAGGGCAGCGAGCGGAGAGGGCUCCCAGAGUCCAGCUGCAUGCUGGGAAAGGCAUCAAAGAGCCUCCUGCAGCCUCCCGGGAGCACGCAAGUGUCAGGAAAAGCCAUCAAGAGGAUUGCAGUCAGCAAUCUGCAAGAUGCACUCUGCAUCGACAGUCGGCCGAAGGAGGAAGCGGUGAACGUGCGCUGGACGGUGUGAAGCCAAAUGCUUCUAACUGGAGAUUAAAGAGGAAAAAAACAUUGAUCACAAAGCCUACCAAUGCAGUCCAUCUGGAGCGUCUCCAACUGUGAUUAAAUUGGAUCUUUCACUUUUGCAGCUCGGGAUUUUAUGAAAUGAUGUCAUGCUUAGAGAUGCGCUUGCGUCAUGAGGAGACCCACCAGAAACAGGUUUAUAUCCCAGUUAGGAGAUUGGAUAUUUAUGCUGCAAUCUAUUGCAAGUCGGAGGUUGUUAAUUCCUAAAUGUGUCCCAGUGCAUCUAUUAGGGCUGGGACAAUACACCUAUCUCCAGAUUCUAUACUAUCACGAUACUUGAGUGCCGAUACAAUAUGUGUUGCGAUUUUUAAGUAUUGCGAUUCUAUAAGUAUUGCGAUUCGAUUUUACGAUUUAUUGCGAUUUUUGUUAACUUUUUUAACACUAGACCAUAGGGAAAAGUUGAAUCAUACACUUCUAGGGACUUUUUUCGAGUUCCGAGUACAAUGGAUUGCAGCAUACUAACCAGUGAUGUGAAGGAUACAUGAACCAAAUAAUGUAAUUUACUUGGCAGGUGAAAAAAACACAUGUAGGAAUCAGAAAAUGUUUUCUGAAGCUGUGCCAUUAUAAGCUGCUUUACACACGCUACAUCAUGAGCAAAUAAAGCUGUUUUUAAAACAUA